UCUUUUCCAUUGUUGUUGUCAAGGUGUGUAGUAUUCAUUCAUUUCGUGAAACAAAAUUAUUCCUGUUUUGGUCAUUUAACUAAUGGAUAGAUACAUGUAUUUAUUUCCUCUCUCUUAUUUUGUGUGUAUUUCUUUCUCACUAUAGACAGUUUAGUCUCUUAUAAAGAAAACUUCCAAAAUGUAAGUAAGAGAAUGGAUGAAUCUAACUCCUAUUUAACUCAAACCUCACUAAGUCGGGAGAGAGAGCCUUUGAAGAUUCCAUAACAUGGCUCUUAAUUCUCACUACCAAGAAACCUCUACCCUCUCCCACAACGGAGUCUACAUUGGUACAGAGAGCUGCUUCAACGAUUUCUCCAACAAGACCGGUGAUGUCGGGUUACCAUGUGAAAGAAGAGAGGAUACAAAAACAGUGGCGCGUGAGAUACUGUCACCUCCAACGUUACCAUCGUACGUGCCGUCAGUGCUGAAGAGAGAGUAUACGAGUGAUGGUCGGCUUUUACUUAAGGAAGAGAAAGUGCGUCGUCACGAGUAUUUUCAAGCUCACAGAUCCAACGGUCGUCUCACGCUCAAGCUAGUCUCUCUUGAUGAUCAUCAUCAUCAUCAUGCUUCAGAUGUUAAGGAUGGUGUUUAUGAUCAUUACGAUCCUGCUUAG